AUGGUGUUGGCUAGACUGUUUGUAAUUUGUGUGCUUAUAUUGAAUAUAUGCAGAGGAGACCUAGAAGACGGCAAACUACUAGAUGAUAUGGAUGAUAAUGACAUGGAAUCUCCUCUUGGAAAUCAUAAUCUUCCUAUUCAAAAUACUGUUCUUGUUCAUCCCAGAAGGCACUCGAAGUCAAACAAGCGGAUGAAACGAAGAUAUAAAUGUUAUUCUUGCGAACCACCAGACUGUGCUGAUACGGCGAUUCACGCACACUACUGCCAAAAUGCUAUCCAAUGCUGGAAAUCACGAACCCGUGAUCCCGAAGGAAAUGAAAAUGUACAACGAGGAUGUACUACCGAACACGAGCAAUUGCCGCUAUAUUGCCGUCAAAAUCAGAAAACAAACUCUGGUGACGGCGGUGGACCAAAGAAACGCCAUGUUUCCAAUACCGGAAUGUAUAACAUCGAAUGCUGCACGGGUGAUUAUUGCAAUAACGGAUCUUUUCCAGAACUACCUCCCAUGAAAGUUUCAAAUACAGUCCCAGUGGCCGAUCCGUUCGUAUUGAAGAUGGCAGCUGCUAUUCUUGUACCAUUUGGCACAGUCGUAAUUCUUGCUGUUACUGCUAUUUAUUGUAUGCGUCGGGCCCAUAAAAAACGAAUGAACGCUUGUCGAACUAAAUAUGAUCCUGAAACCUAUUACACAAACGACGAUGUACUACGAGCUACCAGUGCGGGAGACAGCACGUUGCGAGAAUAUUUACAACACUCCGUUACUUCUGGCUCUGGUAGUGGACUGCCUUUGCUUAUACAACGUACUCUUGCUAAGCAGGUGUCUCUUUGCGAAUGCAUCGGUCGUGGUCGUUAUGGAGAAGUAUGGCGCGGUAUUUGGCAUGGCGAAAGUGUUGCUGUGAAAAUUUUCUUUAGCCGUGAUGAAGAUUCCUGGAAACGUGAAACGGAAAUUUAUGGGACGGUUCUGUUACGGCACGAAAACAUACUGGGGUAUGUUGGUUCGGACAUGACUUCGAGAAACUCUUGCACCCAAUUAUGGCUCAUUACACACUAUUAUCCGCAAGGAUCCUUGUUUGAUUAUCUUAAUCGUACCGCAAUUACAACACACCAAAUGGUCACUAUUUGUCUUUCCAUUGCCAACGGUAUGGUGCAUCUUCAUACGGAGAUCUUUGGAACCGAGGGUAAGCCGGCUAUCGCACAUCGUGAUUUAAAAACAAAAAACAUUCUAAUACGAGCCAAUGGAACAUGUGUUAUCGCGGAUUUCGGUUUAGCUGUAAUGCACAGCCAAACAACCAAUAAAAUAGAUAUAGGCAAUACGGCUCGUGUAGGAACAAAGCGUUAUAUGGCCCCGGAAGUGCUCGAUGAAAGUAUUAGCAUGGAUUGUUUCGACGCCUUAAGGAAAGCUGAUAUCUAUGCAUUGGGGCUAAUUUUUUGGGAAGUUUGCCGUCGCACUAUCUCAUGUGGUAUUGCUGAAGAGUAUAAAGUACCCUAUUUCGAUUACGUAUCGUCUGAUCCUAGUUUUGAGGAAAUGCGCAAAGUGGUAUGUGUAGAUAACUACAGACCUUCGGUGCAGAAUCGAUGGACUUCUGAUACGUUUCUCGCUAGUAUGUCCAAGUUGAUGCGUGAAUGCUGGCAUAUGAAUCCAAACGUACGAUUGCCAGCGCUAAGGAUUAAGAAAACUCUGUUGAAACUGGCUAGCUCUGACGAAACAAUAAAAAUAACCCCAGAUGGCGAAGUAAUAGUAUGA